AUGACUCCGUUCAAGCCUUCAGCAUUGGCCAGCGGGCCUUCACCGCUGGCCGUCGCAUCUGCCCUUGUCGCCAUGCUCGGGUCAGUCUAUGCAAAGCAUCCACGGAUGCUCGCCUCGUCGCCGACCGCCAUCCCGUCUCAGGCUCAGGUCAUCGACUCCAAGAGCUUUGCCGUCCUGUCAAGCGUUCCCCCAGUGACGUCCAGCAAUGGAAGUGCGCCCUUUGUGCCACCUGGACACACCCUGGACUCUCUGCGCGCCCAGCCGUUCCACGUCUACGAUGACGCCUUUUACGACAUUCUGGGCGCCAACCCGACCCUCUCGCUCGUCGCAGAGUCCGAGACGGAUCCUCUCUUCCACGAGGCCGUCAUCUGGUUCCCCGACACCGAAGACAUAUUCUUCGUCCAGAACGCCGGCGCAAAGGCUGCCGGCACCGGUUUGGCCAAGUCCAGCAUCAUCCAGAAGGUCUCUCUGGCUGCCGUCGAGAAGGCUGCAGCAGCUGGCACACUUGUCCAGGUCGACACCGUCGACGCCUCGCCCCAGGUGCUCAACCCGAACGGCGGCACAAACUACCGCGGCCAGCUGCUCUUUGCGGCCGAGGGCCAGGGAGACCAGCUACCGUCAGCCCUGUAUCUCGUCAACCCGCGGCCGCCUUACAACUCCACAGUCCUCCUCAACAACUUCUUCGGCCGCCAGUUCAGCUCGCUCAACGACGUGGCCGUGCAUCCGCUCAACCGCGACGUGUACUUUACCGACACGCUGUAUGGCUACCUGCAGGACUUCCGACCGCCACCAGGCAUGCGAAACCAGGUGUAUCGCUUCAGUCCGGACACCGGCGCAGUCACCGUCGUCGCCGACGGGUUCAGCCUGCCCAACGGCUUUAACUUCUCCCCGGACGGUGCCUACGCCUAUGUGACCGACAGCGGCCGAAAUCGCGGCUUCACCGGGAACUAUCAUUUUUCUGAGCCGGCCACAAUUUACCGCUUCAACGUGAGCGCCGAUGGCACCCUUGAGAAUCGCAAGACUUUUGCCUAUGCCGACACAGGCGUCCCGGACGGCGUCCAUGUCGACGAAAAAGGCAACGUUUAUGUCGGCUGUGGCGGCGGUGUUCAAGUCUGGAGUCCGUCCGGCACGCUGUUGGGAAAGAUCUUCCUCGGUACAGGCGCCGCCAACUUCCAGUUUGCCGGCAGUGGUCGCAUGAUCAUAUGCGCCGAGACGCAGCUGUACUAUGCCACGCUGGCAGCCACGGGGUCCUUUGUACAGUCUGAACUUUGA